CGGCGGUGAUGCUGUCCGGCAGCGCACCGAUCGCUCAGGCUGCCACUACGGUCAUCCCCAAGGACUCCUUCUCGUCGUUCGACGAUUUCUGGAAGUACCUCUACCCGUGGGGAAGUGACCACAACGGCAGCGCUCGCAUGGCGGAGAGCCAAGUCGACGUCGACUCGGGCACGCUGGUGCUCAAGGCGACCCCAACGACGGUCUCGGACAAAGCGAGCAUUCACUACCUCAGUGGCGCUGUGCACUCGACCAAGCAGAUCACCGUCACCGCCGAGAACUCGUACACCGUGUACGGCGAGUUCAGUUCGCCAACUGCUAAGGGUACCUGGCCCGCCUUCUGGCUUAACGCUGCUUCUGGCUGGCCGCCUGAAAUUGACAUUGGCGAAUGGAAGGGCACGGCCGACAACUGGUUCAACACCUUCAACACGUCCUCGGCGGUCAAGUCCACCACCGUCCCGUGGCCCACGGACCUCUCCUUCCACUCCCUUCAGGCGGUGCUCACGGCGGAGCCCAACGGCGCGGACGUGCGCGUCGACUUCUCGAUGGACGGCGCGCUCAAGGCGACGCACUACGCGAAGGGCUACGUCGGGAAGACGCUCAACUUGAUCAUCAACCUGCAGAUGGAGGGCUCGUCUGGCACGCCGGCGCCUGCUGACGGUGCUACGUACCAGGCCCGCAACGUUGAGGUCACGAUCAACUAAGGUGGCCCCGUCGCAGGCUCAUCGAAGGGUUUGCUUUUCACUCUUUUUGCUUUCGUCUGUCAAGUCGAGCUGCGCUCAUUCCUUUUGGUCCCGUGCUUCAAUGUAAUGAUACCUCGAAUGUGAUGCCAUUCUUUCACCCUC